AUGCCUUCCCCAAUCGAAUUUAAAUUAUUUGCUCCGCAUAAUAUACAGCGAGCAAAAUUAAUUGGUACCUUUCCUUCAUGGAAUGAAAUUCCUAUGAUCAAAAAUUUAUCUGAUGGUACGUUUCGUUGUUCGAUCAAUUUGGAGGAUGGCGAUUAUGAAUAUAAAUAUCGAAUACAGAAAGAAAACGAUAAACAAGAAUGGAUCGAUGUUAUUGAUCCGUAUGUUAAACAUUUUAAUUCGGAUAAACAAACGGGUAUUAUUCGUAUUGAUCAAGGAAAACAAAUUGUUGACAAAUAUGAAUGGUUAUAUGAUAAUAUCAAAUUGCCCGAGAAUAAAGAUUUAAUACUUUAUGAAUUGUAUAUUGCUGAUUUUACACAAGAAGGGACAUUUACAAGCGCUAUUGCAAAAUUAGAUUAUUUACAAGAUUUAGGUAUUAAUGGAAUUGAGCUAUUACCAAUAUUCGAAACACCUGCUAGUCAUACAUGGGGUUAUACAACAAGAAACUAUUUUUCUUUGAAAACCACUUAUGGUACAACCGAAGACUUUAAACAUUUAGUAGAUGAAUGUCAUCGACGAAAAAUCAGAGUCAUUAUUGAUGGAGUGUAUAAUCAUGUUCACAUGGAACAUUCUCUACUACAAAUUGAUAGGGAUUAUUGGUUUUAUCAUGAUCGAAAACAUCCAGAUGAUCCUAAUCAUUGGGGACCUGAAUUCAAUUAUGAAUAUCAUGAUGAACAAUUAGAUAUUCGUCCAGCUUGGUUAUUUGUUAGUGAUGUUGUUAAAUAUUAUAUUCAAGAAUAUCAUAUUGAUGGUAUUCGAUUUGAUGCUGCUAAACAAAUGUGCCACUAUGAUGUUUUAGAAUAUCUUGAUCAGGAAGUGAGACGAAUGAUACCAAAUAAAUCGUUUUAUGCGGUCGCUGAAUAUGUACCCGAUACACCAACCAUCACGAAGGCAAUGCAUGGACCAUUGGAUGGUUGUUGGAGAAAUACAUUUAAAGAUGGUCUGGUGAAAACAUUGUGCAAAGCAACAAUUAAACAAGAUGAACUACAAAAACCAUCUUAUCCAUUUUCUUCAAAUAUUAUUGAAAUAAUGAAAACUGUUAUUGAUGGCAGACGUCAAGGUUAUUCGACAUCAACAAAUAUUGUCAAUUACGUCUCGUGCCAUGAUAAUGAACGUUUUAUUUAUCGACUGGAACAAGAACAUGGUGAUCCUAUAGAACUAUUUCAACGCGUUCGUUUAGCAUCCAUUUUACUAAUGACAUCCUUUGGUUUACCUAUGUUAUGGCAUGGAACAGAAUUUGGUGAAAAUCGUGAAUUGGGUACACAAAAUCCACAUGAAAAACAAAUGAAAUUACAAUGGAAUUUAUUGAAAGAAAAUGAACAAAUAUUUUGCACCUAUAAAAAAUUAAUUCAUUUAAGAAAACAAUCACCAGCAUUAAAAAGUGACCAUUUACAAUUUAUACAUGAAGAUGUAAAUCAGAAAAUAUUAGCAUAUGUACGUCAGGAAGAUGUACUUGUGAUUGUCAACUUUACAGAUAAGAAUGUCAGAGACUAUCAAGUGGCAAACGUGCCAUUCAAUGGAACAUGGAGAGAAAUUUUAGAGGAAAAAGAAUAUUUGGUAGAAAAUAACCAAUUGAUGACCGAUUUAGACUCUUAUAGUGGGUUGGUACUAAUAAAAAAUGUUUGA